GAUAUUUUUUUCCUCCUAGGUUUUACCCAAGGGACAGUACAUCUAACCCUUAACUUGGAUCAUCUCUUGUUCAUCAGCCUGAAAGUCGUAACAGCCCCCAAAACUGACAUUUGACCCGAAAGAAAAAAAAAAAGCUGUGACAAAUGGACAAUAUGUCUAUUACUAACACGCCAACAAGUAAUGAUGCUUGUCUGAGCAUUGUUCACAGCUUGAUGUGCCAUCGACAAGGUGGAGAGAGCGAAACUUUUGCCAAGCGCGCAAUCGAAAGCUUAGUUAAAAAGCUGAAGGAGAAAAAGGAUGAAUUGGAUUCUUUGAUUACAGCCAUAACCACAAACGGAGCUCAUCCUAGCAAGUGUGUUACGAUACAGAGAACGCUGGAUGGGAGGCUUCAGGUGGCUGGUCGCAAGGGAUUCCCUCAUGUGAUUUACGCCCGUCUUUGGAGGUGGCCCGAUCUUCAUAAAAAUGAACUCAAGCAUGUUAAAUAUUGUCAGUAUGCUUUUGACUUAAAAUGUGACAGUGUCUGUGUAAACCCUUACCAUUAUGAGCGUGUAGUGUCGCCUGGCAUCGAUCUAUCAGGGCUGACUCUACAGAGUUCUGCUCCAUCCAGCAUGCUGGUGAAGGACGAGUACGUCCACGACUACGAGGGGCAGCCGUCGCUGAGCUCCGCCGAGGGACACUCCGUGCAGACCAUCCAGCACCCACCAAGUAACAGGGCCUCGACAGAGCCUUAUAGCACCCCAGCCAUGUUAGCUCCCACUGAGGCUAGCACUACCAGCACCACUAAUUUUCCCAACAUUCCCGUGGCUUCAACAAGUCAACCUACCAGUAUAUUGACAGGUAGCCAUAGUGAUGGACUCUUACAGAUUGCUUCAGGGCCUCAGCCAGGAACUCAGCAGAAUGGGUUUACAGCUCAGCCAGCCACUUACCACCACAACAGCACCACGACCUGGACUGGGAGUCGGACGGCAGCCUACACACCCACCAUCCCUCACCACCAGAACGGCCACCUGCAGCACCACCCGCCCAUGCACCCCAGCCACUACUGGCCAGUUCACAACGAACUCGCAUUCCAGCCUCCUAUAUCAAAUCAUCCUGCCCCAGAGUACUGGUGUUCGAUCGCGUACUUCGAGAUGGACGUGCAGGUCGGGGAGACGUUCAAGGUCCCCUCCAGCUGCCCCAUCGUCACCGUGGACGGAUACGUGGAUCCUUCUGGGGGAGACCGCUUCUGCCUGGGCCAGCUUUCCAACGUGCACAGAACAGAAGCCAUAGAGAGAGCGAGGUUGCACAUAGGCAAAGGGGUGCAGCUGGAGUGCAAGGGGGAAGGCGACGUGUGGGUGCGGUGCCUGAGCGACCACGCGGUGUUCGUGCAGAGCUACUACCUGGACAGGGAGGCAGGACGCGCCCCGGGGGACGCCGUGCACAAGAUCUACCCAAGUGCAUACAUAAAGGUGUUUGAUUUGCGCCAGUGCCACCGCCAGAUGCAGCAGCAGGCUGCCACCGCCCAGGCUGCCGCUGCGCAGGCUGCCGCCGUGGCAGGGAACAUCCCCGGGCCGGGAUCCGUGGGUGGAAUCGCCCCAGCCAUCAGUAAGUGCCUCAGGCAGCUCCCUUUGCUUUUGUUCUCCUCACCUGAAAACAGUGGGAGUGCUUUCACUUCAGACGGAGGUGCUUCGGGCUGCUCAGACCCCAGAUUGAAAAGCCAUCUUUGGUGCCUGGGCUGGCAAAAAUGUUGCUGAAAACAACGGGGAUUACUGGGCAACUAAAGCCCUUGACCAGGUGUGUAGAAAAACUUAAGAUCCUCAGAGAAGAGUGUGUGAGAGUGUUUUUCCCUUUCUUUAAUAUUUUUUUUUUUAUUAGUCUAUGCUGGCGUUUUCUUAGCUGCUAAAUUCUAGAUCCUUGAAAUCGUUCCUGAAGCACCUUUAAAAGUGAAAGUACUUGCAUGUCUCGGUCUGCUUUGUGUGCCACAGUGUUUUCUUGGUUCCUUGUCUUGCCAUGUGGCUCUUCCCGACUGCCCUACGAAUUGUUUAAGGCAUUUUGAGGAAUGUAUUAAACCUUUUUUUUUUGUUUUUGCCUUAGCCGUGCUGGCGAAUUGAAGCUUGCCAGCUGUAUUUAUUUUUGUCUUUUUAUUUUACUGGCUGUGAGCAGUGUCGUUUUGCUAAUCCAGCUUCCUGCAGGUGACCAGCCUGAGUUCCUACACUGAAAAUGCAGCGUUUGUCAGACCUCAGGAAUAACUCUUUAGUGACUGUGCUUCCUAAAGAGGGUUUACAUGCUUUGUAAGGCAUUUGGGUUUCAUCUUGUCUGCUUUAUGUAGGUCUAGUUGGGGUGUUGGGAAGGAAUUCUUUGCUGGCUGUGAGGCCCUGGCACAGGUUUCCCAGAGAAGCUGUGGCUGCCCCUGGAUCCCUGGAAGUGCUGGAAAUCCAGGUUGGACGGGAUUUGGGCUAGUGGAAGGUGUCCCUGCCCGUGGCAGUGGGGUGGAACUGAUGGUCUGUGAGGUCCUUUCCAACCCACCCUUCUGUGAUUCUCUGAUCACGGAGAGCUUUGUGUUUCAGCACUCUUUCAGGAGUGCAGAACACUGGCAAAAAUGUGUAUUCCAGCACCCUUUCAGGAGUGCAGAACACUGACAAAGAUGUGUAUUCCAGCACCCUUUCAGGGGUGCAGAACACUGACAAAGAUGUGUAUUUCAGCAGCACCCUUUCAGGGUGCAGAACACUGACAAAGAUGUGUAUUCCAGCACCCUUAUAGGAGUGCAGAACACUGACAAAGAUGUGUAUUCCAGCAGCACCCUUUCAGGGGUGCAGAACACUGACAAAGAUGUGUAUUUCAGCACCCUUUCAGGGGUGCAGAACACUGACAAAGAUGUGUAUUCCAGCACCCUUUCAGGGGUGCAGAACACUGGCAAUAGAUGUGUAUUCCAGCACCCUUUCAGGGGUGCAGAACACUGACAAAGAUGUGUAUUCCAGCACCCUUUCAGGGGUGCAGAACACUGACAAAAGAUGUGUAUUCCAGCACCCUUUCAGGGGUGCAGAACACUGGCAAAAGAAGGUGAGGAAUGCCAGUGAACAGCAGAGGUCUG